GUGACUAUUGGUGCAGUUGCCAAAAAGGUGUUCAGACAGCCUGAUGGUAUCGAACAUGUCGUUCGCCUGAACUCUCUCUACACCCUGUUGGAGGAAAAGAAGGUCCCAAAUACUGACGAACUAGUUGAUGCGAUCCUUGGCCCUAAGUACCCAUAUAUCUUGACGAAGCCUAUUGGACUGGACCGUUCACCUCGCACCGGAGCCGAGCUCUUUCAGGCUGUUAGUUGUCUCCUUGAAGCACUCAAAGUGAUGCAUGCAGAACCCGACCCUGUUUACCAUCGUGAUAUUCGGAAACCAAAUAUUCUCAAGAGACGUGAUGAAGAAGGAUGGUUCUUGAUUGAUUGGUCUGAUGCAAGCAAGGCACCAACGCAAGCGGCAACCCACAUGACUAGAGAAGAGCACUCACCUAGAGUUUUUGAAGACAACCACGGCGGAGAGGUGGAU